GAUGAAACCAGGUCCUCCCAUUCUGGGGUUGGCAUUUACAUUGUUCAUCAGAGAUUUAUGAGUGGUUACGGCACGGAUGCUUUAAAAAAUUCUUGCCAUCUGGAAGAUAUUGAACAAUGAAAAAAAAAGAUGAAAACAAUGGCUUGUGGCAUCCCUAAGAUGUGAUAGUGCAAAAACGAUAUUUCACAGAUUGACUACUAAAGAAGCAUUCCGGCAAUGGAGGAAACAAUGCCAAGCUAUUAUGAUCUAUAUUUUCCCAGUUCCGAAACUCCUGAAGAGAUUUGCCUUCCUGUAGAGGUACCUUACAAGAACAUUGUCCUACCUGUUCUCUAUGCGACUGUAUUCUUCGUUGGGAUCCUUGGCAAUACCCUUCUGAUAGGAGCUCUCAUCUUCAAACAGCGUAUUCGGAGGCCGAUUGAUAUCUUCAUUGUCAACUUGGCAGUUUCUGAUUUUAUUUUUCUUAUCACGUUGCCCAUUUGGGUAGACAAGGAAAUCUAUUCUGGACUCUGGAGGUCUGGCUCUUUCGUCUGCAAAGGCAGUUCCUACAUCAUCUCAGUCAACAUGUACUGUAGCAUCUUUCUACUGACUGUCAUGAGUGGCGAUCGGUACUUGGCCAUCAUGUACCCAUCAGUGGCCCGGAGAAUCAGAACAAAGCUCUAUUCCAUCAACCUUUGUGUCUGUGUGUGGAUUCUGUCCUUCCUGCUGGGUUUGCCAACCCUUUUGUCCAGGGAGCUACAGAGAUAUGCUGACAAAUCCUAUUGUAUAGAUAAGGACCCCACGCUCAAGAAACGGAUUGAGUCGCUGCUGCUGCUGGCUUUGGCCUUCUUCGUCCCUCUGUUUAGCAUCUUAAUGUUUUAUUGCUCUGUCACCAAGAAACUCUGUGUGCAUUAUCAGAAAUCAGGGAGACAUGAGAAAAAGCUGAAGAAAUCAAUCAAAAUCGUCUUCAUUGUAGUGAUUGCUUUUGUUUUCUCGUGGGCUCCUUUCAAUGUCUUUAAGUUUGUAGCUAUAAUGUCUGACAUCCAAGACUUGAAGCCUCCUUUCUGCCUUCUCUACAAAGUUGGCAACUUUGGCAUGGAACUGAGUGGCCCUUUUGCUUUUGCCAAUAGCUGCACAAACCCGCUCAUCUACUAUUACUUUGACGACCACAUCCGUAAGGCCAUGUUGCGAUGUAUUCUUCCAUGUAUAAAAACUAUGAGCUCUGGAUCCAGUUCAGAUACUUCUGACACUCAGUCUUAGCUGAUCCUUGACUGCAUUUGGCCAUGUUUCCAAGGAAAGAUGUUUCCAAGGAAAGAAGGAGGUCAGUUUCAUUCUGGAAAAGAGGCAUCAUUUUGAAGAUUUCAUUGCUCACAAAUCAAAAUGAGGAGAUCACAUGGGGAAGAGGCUGGGAGUGGGUUUUAUUUUCAAUAAAAAUAAAAAUUAUUUUCAAAAAUGAGAAAAUGAAAACUAAGGUUGAAAAAGAAACCGCUGGUGAGCUGAUUGUAAUAGGAUAGUAAUUUGAAUUGAAUGAAUAUAGUGCAUUACUUACUUUUAGUUAUGCAGCAAAUUGUGUUGUUUAAUUGGAAUAUAGUCUACAAUUAUAACAGGAAUCAUGCAGUGUUACAAACUAGUUAGUAAGAGACAAAAUGAUAGAAAUGUAGAAAUUAUGGUGAGCUACUGAACUAUUUAAACCUAGCUGUUUUAAUUAAAUGAAUAAAUACUUUGGAAACUUCGAUAGUAUAGAAAUGUAAUUAGGCAACCUAAAUGUUUCUUCUUUUCUGCUCCUGUUAUAAUGCUGAACAAUUCAUGAUUCUUUCAAAAGCUACUUAUUAGUUUUCCAAUUUGAGCUUAAGAUGUUUGUGUCUCAUGCUAUUCAAUAUGAAUAUUAUUUCUGUUUCAAUAAUAUCGUUGUUAUAAUGUCUUCACAGAUCGAGAACUUUUAUGCUUUUUUCAGUAAUAAAAACAUGUAUUAACUAAAUUUGUAAAUAACAUUUUUAUUUGUGUAAAAAUGGUUCAAAAUGUGAAGGAAUCUCAAUGAAGUUUCUCUGAAAAAAUUAAGGUUUUAAUCGUUGUUAUUCAAACAAACGUAGCCGAGGUUCAAAGAUGACAGAUAAGUGUCUGGCUUUACAGAAGUUCUGGGGAGAUUAGUCAUCACUAGAUAUCUCUUUUGGACUCAUACAUUAAUCAAAACGGUGAUUAAUAUCAUGUAUUUUCUAGAGUUAAAACAGCAUCAAAGUUACCACUAAUUUUACAUAUUAGAUUUUU